AUGGAUUACCAAACGUUCAAUAGUCCCCAGCACCUGCCGCCUUCGUUCGGCGGGCCCUUCUCCACCUCCUCAGCACCCUCGCAUUCCCCGCAACAGGCACACCUCUCGCAGUACCAAGAUCCACAGGCCCGGCUACAGCAACCAGCCAACGCGCCGUUUCCCUACCAGCAGUUCGCCAAUGGCCAGCAAGGCGGCUUUGCGGCGAGCAUGCCAGGCGCUGCCUCCCAAGCGACGAGUGGCGCCGUGAUGCAGCCCGGAGGCCUGUCGCAGGCACAGCUUCACCAGGCGAGAGCCGCCGCGCUCCAGCAGCAGCAGCAGCAGCAGCAGCAGCAACACGCACAGCAGGGCCAGGCGAGCCCGUACUCGAGCGCGCCCUUUGCGCAAACCCUCGCGUCCCCUGCCCACCAACAGUUCGUCCAGAACCGCCAGACGGCCUCGCCCGCCACCAGCCAGCACACCAACAACGCGUCUCCGUAUGCGACGCCCCAGCAGACGCAGUCACCCAGCGUGCCCGCGACCCAAGGAAUGAACCCGCCCACAAGCCAGCCUGCGACGUCGCAACCAAUGGUCUCCCAGACGCCUGUCAAGGCGCUCCCUCAGUCGCCAGUGUCGCCCCUCGCGCAGGCGCGCGAGAAACAGCGCAUCGACACGCUUCUCGAGAUCAACCAGGUGCUUAUCCAGCAGGUCAUGGAGCUGUACGAGCAGGGCAAGGCCGGCCACAUUGGGCCUGCGCCCGACACCAAGCAGGAGGGCGAAAAGCCGCAGCAGCCGUCGCCCGAGUACAGGGAUUAUAUGCGCCGACUGCAAGCCAACCUCGCCUUCCUGGCGCAAAAUGCCGAGAAGCACACCAAGCCGAACCACAACAUCAUGCCCGGGCCUGCCAUCAUGGUCGCGCCGUCCUCACCCGACGAGCUUGUGAAACUCUACUCCAGACUCCAGAGCCUCUUCCCCGGCUGGAAAGGCGCACCCAACAAGCCCCCGCCCGGUCCCCAGCGGCUGAACUCGACGUCCUCACAGGCCAGCGUCCAAAACAGCAUGCAACCGCCGCACAGCGCAGGUCUCCAGAACAACAUGCAACACCCCAACAGCGCCGGCAUGCCGCCCAACAUGCAACUGCCCAGCAAUGCGAUGCCCAGCAAUUUCCAGCAGCAUCAAUAA